GCGAGCAUUGCGAACGACCGCUUGAAACAAAACGACGUAUUCCGGCCGAUUGUGCGUACAGCAGUUCGGCACUAAACGAUGUCUCUCUAGUCUUGCUGAGAAGGACGCUUCAUUAUCUUGAACGUAGCCAUGGCGUACAGGUCUUCGUCUAAAGCCCUGAUUUCGUCGUGGUCACGUACGUCGCCGUUUGCUGUCAUGCCGCCGCAGCUGCUGCGAAGAAACCCACGUUCUACACGUUCUGCGUCUGGGACGCCUUCUCCCGCUUUCGGCCGGCGCCGUACAACUUCAGCGCCAAGGACAUUCCCGCCGAGCUGUGCGAUGCGGUCAUCUAUUCACACGUAACCAUCGACAACCAGACCGGCGCGGUAAAGCUGACCGAGAAGGAGCUCAAGCUAGACCCAGAGGCUCGGGCUUACUCGAAAUCAUUCCUCUACAAUCCGAUAUGGAUGCUACCUCCACAUCGCGCCUUCCGUGAAUUGAGCGAGCUGAAGAAGCGGAACCCUAAGCUGAAGCUGCUGCUCGGCAUUGGUGGGCCGCACGAGACGGUAGAGAGGUACUGGCAGUUCCUACAGCGGAUGGACCUCUACAGGGACAUGAAGAUCAGCAUCUCGCAGUGGGUCAAGACGUACGGCUUGGACGGCAUCGUCGUCGACUUCUUUUCGGGCACCAGGUCAGCGCAGGACUCGGUCUGGACGUGGGACACGGCUAAAUUAAUACAUCCUUUCUUAUGGGAAAUACGUGACAAGUUCAAGGAAUAUAUAGCAAAAUGGCACAUCAUCCUGACGCUGCCCGCUUUCGACAGUUCCACGCACCACCUGUUCAACAUCAAUAGGCUCUCGGAUUUGGUCAACUUCUUCUUUGUGAAAAGCAGCGACUGCCAAGAGUUUCCAAAUGGUGCAGGGCUGAACGUGUCCAGGACCAUGGACAUGUCUGAUAUUGACAGACUCGAGCUCAUCGUGAAGCGAGGCGCCGAGCGCACUCGGGUGGUUCCGGAAGUUCCGUUGUCAGGUCGCACGUACUCGGCUAUGGGUUCAAGCUUCGGAAGGCACAGCGUUUUCACCGGGCGACCGGGUAAUUACACCAAGCAGCAGGGAUUCCUGUCAUCCUUCGAGGUGUGCGACCAGAUUCAAAGCGGCUGGGAAAAGGGACGCUCCAGUCAAGGAGCCUGUCCGUUUCUGAGGAAGGACGAAGAAUACGUGGCCUACGAAGACGACGAGAGCGUUCUACAAAAGGCAAAAAUGAUCAUGGGUCGCAAGUACCGGGGCGCAGUCAUCAGAAGCGUGGACCUGGACGACUACAGCUCGCAAUGCGCGGGAAAGUCCAACCUUCUCAAGACCAUUCGCUCCAGCUUCAAGGAAGCAACUCAUGACAUGGAAUACCCUUACAAUCCUCCGAACGCAGCGUGGUGGGACGCGGACAUCUACAAAAUGAUGCCCACCAAGGCGCCGCUUCCAAAGCCGACAACGACUAACGCAAAGAAGGUAUCGACACGAUCCCAGCUCGAGACCAACACGUCGACGAGCCAGCAGAAAAGUCCACCGAGCAGGCAAACAACUCCUUCAACAGACACUGCAGUGACGUCGCCGGUAGACGUACCUACCUCGAAAGGUCCAGCGGAAGUUCAGAGUACGCCUGUGAAGGUGGGGCCAACAGAGACCAACACCUCGCCCGGUAGCAGUGACUCACUGACAGUGACGUCUACAGAAUCGCCUGUGACGUCAUCAACACCUACGACUACUGCGGCGGCGACGGCGACGGCAGCGGUGACGGCGGCGACCAGCGAUAAUGUCUGCAAAGGAGUCAAAGACAGCACUAUGCGGCCGCACGAGUCAGAUUGCAGCAAGUACUAUCACUGCGCGCAUUCAACACCGCACCUCAAGGACUGUCCACCAAAUACAAUAUUCGACAUAGAGCGGCAACUGUGCAACUGGCCGGCGAUCACCAACCGACCCGAAUGCAAGCUGUCUUCGUCUAAAGCCCUGAUAUUCUUCGUGGUCACGUACGUCGCCGUUUGCUGUCAUGGCGCCGCAGCGUCUGCGAAGAAACCCACGUUCUACACGUUCUGCGUCUGGGACGCCUUCUCCCGCUGGCGGCCGCCGCCGUACAACUUCAGCGCCAAGGACAUUCCCGCCGAGCUGUGCGAUGCGGUCAUCUACUCACACGUGACCAUCGACAACCAGACCGGCGCGGUAAAGCUGACCGAGAAGGAGCUCAAGCUAGACCCAGAGGCACGGGCUUACUCGAAAUCAUUUAUCUACAAUCCGAUAUGGAUGCUACCUCCGCAUCGCGUCUUCCGUGAAUUGAGCGAGCUGAAGAAGCGGAACCCGAAGCUGAAGCUGCUGCUCGGCAUUGGCGGGCCGCACGAGACGGUCGAGAGGUACUGGAAGUUCCUACAGCGGAUGGACCUCUACAGGGACAUGGCGAUCAGCAUCUCGCAGUGGGUCAAGACGUACGGCUUUGACGGAAUUGUCCUCGACUUCUUUUCGGGCACCAGGUCGGCGCAGGACUCGGUCUGGACGUGGGACACGGCUAAAUUGAUACACCCUUUCUUAUGGGAAAUAAGAGAGAGGUUCAAAAGAUAUAUAGCAAAGUGGCACAUCAUCCUGACGCUGCCCGCUUUCGACAGCUCCACGCACCACCUGUUCGAGAUCAACAGGCUCUCAGAUGUGGUCAACUUCUUCUUUGUUAAAAGCAGCGAUUGCCAAGAGUUUCCGAAAGGCGCAGGGCUGAACGUGUCCAGGACCAUGGACAUGUCUGAUAUUGACAGACUCGAGCUCAUCGUGAAGAGAGGCUCCGAGCGCACUCGGGUGGUGCCCGAAGUUCCGUUGUCAGGUCGCACCUACUCGGCUAUGGGUUCAAGCUUCGGAAGGCACACCGUUUUCACUGGGCGACCGGGUAAUUACACCAGGCAGCAGGGAUUCCUGUCAUCCUUCGAGGUGUGCGACCAGAUUCAAAGCGGCUGGGAAAAGGGACGCUCCAGUCAAGGAGCCUGUGCGUUUCUGAGGAAGGACGAAGAAUACGUGGCCUACGAAGACGACGAGAGCGUUCUACAAAAGGCAAAAAUGAUCAUGGGUCGCAAGUACCGGGGCGCCGUCAUCAGAAGCGUGGACCUGGACGACUACAGCUCGCAAUGCGCGGGAAAGUCUAACCUUCUCAAGACCAUUCGCUCCAGCUUCAAGGAAGCAACUCAUGACAUGGAAUACCCUUACAAUCCUCCGAACGCAACGUGGUGGGACGCGGACAUCUACAAGAUGAUUCCCACCAGGGCGCCGCUUCCAAAGCCGACAACGACUAACGCAAAGGAGGUAUCGACACGAUCCCAGCUCGAGACCAACACGUCGAAGAGCCAGCAGAAAAGUCCACCGGGCAGGCAAACAACUCCUUCAACAGACACUGCAGUGACGUCAUCGGUAGACGUACCUACCUCGAAAGGUCCAGCGGAAGUUCAGAGUACGCCUGUGAAGGUGGUGCCAACAGAGACCAACACCUCGCCCGGUAGCAGUGACUCACUGACAGUGACGUCUACAGAAUCCCCUGCGACGUCAUCAACACCUACGACUACUGCGGCGGCGACGGCAGCGGCGACGGCGGCGACCAGCGAUAAUGUCUGUAAGGGAGUCAAAGACAACACUAUGCUGCCGCACGAGUCAGAUUGCAGCAAGUACUAUCACUGCGUGCAUUCAACACCGCACCUCAAGGACUGUCCACCAAGUACAAUAUUUGACAUAGAGCGGCAAUUAUGCAAUUGGCCGGCGAUCACCAACCGACCCGAAUGCAAGCUGUCUUGAUAUGCUGAGUUUAGCUGACGGCCUCUUUGUUUACGGCAGUGCUCGUGCGAUACCCUUGUUUUUAUGUCAAUAAAUCA